CCUGGCUCGCCUCCCUCGGGCAUGCUGGCCCGCACACCCGGCUGACGACGGCUCGCUUCCGUCGCCCACCCUGAUCCUUCAGCGGUGCGAGGUGCGUGCGACGGCGAUUUUGGCAUCUUCGGGCAUCGUUUUCCGAGAGCCUGAAACGGUCACGAAGCCUUAUGCGGCGCCGUGGCGGUUGCGUUGGAACUGGGAGCAGGACGCCGCUGCUUGGAGAAUUCGGAGGUAGGGAGCGUGCGGUGAAGCCGCACUCGCCGGGCAUGGCGGCGUGUGGCCCGUGCUGCUGCUGCUGAGAGGCUAGGAGGGGCCGCCCUAUGCGGCUGCGCGGUGAGAGUGGCGGUGGCGACGGCCCCUGCAGCCCCGAGGAACUGCAGGAACGCCGCGCGCGAUGCAUCGCCCUCGAGAAGGCCUACGUGCACGACGUGUACGAACAGCUGGCGCCUCGGCUCGCCAGGCCCCGGCUGUGGCCACGCGUUCAUCAGUUCCUGCGCGAUCUGGAACUGGGAAGCCUCGUCGCCGACGUCGGUUGCGGCAGUGGCCAGUACCUGGAGUCCGCGGGUCUCGGGGCUCUGGGCUGUGAGAGAAGCCAGGCGCUGGCGCGUGCCGCGGCCUCCUGCGGUGGACACCAGGUGGUGCUGGGCGACGCCCUGGCGCUACCGUUCCGUGACGAGGCGCUGGACGCGGCGCUGUCGGUGGCCGUGCUCCACCACCUGGCCUCCACCGAACGUCGCGUUCAGGCGCUGCGGGAGCUGGCACGCGUGCUGCGCGUCGGCGGCCGCGUUCUCAUCACCGUCUGGGCCAUGGAGCAGACGCAGAGGAAGUUCGAGUCUCAAGAUGUGCUCGUCCCCUAUCGCCAGCCGACUAAGAGCAGCAGUGAAGACCGCGGCUCGUCAGUGGAACGCGAGAUGACGAGCACGACGACGAGUGAGGACGACCUACUGGUGUACCAGUCGUACAAUCCGCCAGCCUCAGACAGUGACACGGCGGCGCCAGCACGAUCGGGCCGUCGUCGCCUUGGCAGCGUCGACGGCUCGGAAUUGUCGAGCCCCAGCGAGACGUGCUACAGCUUCAUGCGCCGCGCGCUGCGCAAGUUGUCCUCCAGCAACCGCCGGUCGCGGCCGUACUUCUACAGCAGCUGCCGUGGAGGAUGGUUCUCAGACUACAACGCCGCCGCUUCCACCGACAGCAAAGUCACUUCGCCACAGGGUGCCGAAAAAGAGUCACAGCCCGACGCGAGUGCCGCUGCCGAGGCGCCUGAAGAGGAGGAUGAAGAGGAAGAUGGACUUAUCGAACUGCGUCAUCUGGACGCAGAGUUGCCAGUCGAGGAGACUGCUGCAGCACGAAGCAGGCCACCUUCGGGCCUCGACGGCGGCGAGAAGUUCCUUCGAGGCCAUGGAAAGUCGCGCUCCCUAGGUGAUGUCCUUAGCAUCAUUCCCGCCAUGCUCCGUGCAAGGCGGAGGAAAGAUGGCUCGCACGAGUUCCAGAAGCGCAUCUCGACAGCUAGUGACCCACGCGAAUACCUGAAAAGGAUAGUGGAAGAGAGGAAUGGCAUCGUGCGCUCGAAGUCUACGGCAUCCUGCUGCGCCAGGUUCGAGCAUCUACGCGAAGACUACCAGAUGCCUACGAUGGUAGAAAGCCAGGAGUCCCCCGAAGAGAUGGAGAAGAGUGAGAAGCCGGAUAACGGGAGCAUGCCCAGAAGCUGUGCUGGUGACGACAUCGACUCCACUGCCAACGUGUCAAGCCAGCUCACCACGUCGGACAUAGCAAACGGAAACAGUAUUUUGAGCGACGAGCAGUUGUCCACGAUUGUCAAAGAACAACUCGGUUACCUGCAGUCACCAUCUACGGGCUUCAAUGGAUGUCGAACAAAGAACUGGUUCAACUCCUUCAAUAACAACGCGAACCUAGAAAAGUGCCUCAUCAGCGCGACAUCAACGACCACUGUCCACGACUACAUCUCGGCCAAGGCUAGCAGGACGGGCGUGGCGCAGCUCACUCGGAAGCGGAUGCGCCUGUGCGGUCAGAGGCUACAAGAGAAAUCACUGCUCAAGAAUUUCUACAACCAAUGUUCCCUGGGUGAAGUAGAAAAUCGGCGUUCCAGUGUUGACGAGGGCAAUCAGGACGCUCCCAUGUCGACUUACUAUUCCAUGCCAGACCUCCACACCCUCUCGGAAGAAUCGGCCGAAGUUUCAGAAGGAACUUCUGUGAACUUGAGAGUUCCCCUCGUAAAAAUGGAGCACCAAGACCGUUCUAAGGACUCAUUCGAUUCUGACAUUUUUGUGGAAGACGAAGAUACCUGUCACAGAAUCCGAAACAAACGCAGGGUUGUAAAGCGAAGCAUGAGCGUCGGUACGAACAAUGGAGCCGAGCCAAGAAAACAGCACAGGCGGUUCUCGGCCUCUUCGGCGUCGGCUUCGAUGUGCGCGUCUCCCACAACGCCCCGAAGCCGGAACGUCUCGGAAGACUCCGAAGAAUCUAUAAUUUCUGUCAGAUCACGAAAAUGCAGCAGCCUGCAAAGCGACACCAGUGUGGACAGCGAGGAGUCAAUCGUGUCUGUGAUACAACGAAGUAGCAGUGAAAUAGAAGCUAUUAUGCAACGGAAGGAACUUCAAAGGGCCACAUCAAAUAGUCUCAGGGCUUCGCCACUCAGCAUUACUGUGGGAACACAAGAGGCGUCGUCACCUGAGUUCUCACCGACACUUAAGUUGGCGCCCAAGAACUCGCCGCCUCUCUUGGGUGCAUUUCCGCGGCAGCACUUGGACAAGUUCUCCGACUGCGAGGCCGUAGUCAUUCGAGACAUAAUAGGCGCUAUUGCAUCCUUCGCCCAAUGCACAGAUACCAUAUACGUGCAGCAGUGGGACAACUUGGCGGACUCGCCACAACAACCAGAAGCUGCGGAGUCGAUUGGAGAAAUCGGAGACAACGACAGUGAGUCAGGAGACACGGAAUCAUACAUGUCGAAUCCCGACUGCACCGCCGCCGGUGGGGACGCCAGCUGCUGCGAAGACGAUAUCCCGCAGCUCGAAUUUGACGUGGCAGAUCUGGACGAUCCGUAUUACACAGCGACCGACACAGUGCCAGAAGAAGAAAGCUUCGCCACAAGCAGCGAAUCGCAGCGAACUCAAACGUUCUUCACUUGUUCCGGUACCGACGAUGCCAGCUCCUCCAGAUUUCCGGACAGUACAACAUCCAGCUCGGAAGGAACCUUAGAGCCGGAGACCGAAGUCCUAUCGUUGGAAAACGAACCUCAAACAUCCAACGUUUGUCACCAGCAUAGCUCUGCAAGUCCACUAUCACCAGAAUUUUGGAUAGAGAAAACUAGCGGCGCAUCACCUACACUGUCUAACGUUAGUCCAAUAGACGAAAAAGCUGACAUAGAUGAAGACUUGACCAAAUGUAGAUGUGUUACCGACAGUGAAGCUGGCCUUAUCUCGUUCCUUUCGUCAGCUGGUGAAAGCAUGCCAGAGAGCACAGACAUAACAGACAAUUUUGUGUGCAAGAAGAGCACAGAGAUACAAACUGAAGAAAAAGAUGUUGACUGCAGUGAAACAGCCAUUAGGCUAACUGUUAUCAAUAAAACAUUGCCAUUCACGCAAAUCAGUUUUGGAAGCGUGUACCAGUCUAAGACUGGGGAGAAGUACUGGGAGCACUUGCUGCCAUCUGUGCUUUCAGUUGAUGCAGAGGAUAAUCCGGAAAUUAUGGACGUCACAGCGUCGAUAAACCAGCAAUGUAAAGCGCCUGAGCCGAGUUUGGAUAACAGUAUUAACGCGAGCACACCUUUGCCCAAACCGACAUCUCGGGACAGCUCUCCAGACGACUCAUUAGAAAGCAUAGCGGAGUGCAAUGAAGAAGAACUGCGUGACGACUUCGAAAAGGCCGAUGUACCCGGUGAACAGCGAAAUUCGACAACAGAAUUAAAUCAGCUGCAUACGAACGAGAAUUCAACUGAAUACUUGGCAUUCGAAGGAGAAAAUGUCGAUGAAAGUGUGGUCACUUCGGGAGUAAAUGAUGAACCUCAAGUUGAAAAAGAUGAAGAUGACACGCCUCCCGCAUUCAACUUUAUUGUGGAGGAUUACAGCGAGGAAAGCGAUUCCUGCAACGAGCCGGCCGUCGAAGAAAUAGCGGUGCCGACUUGCGACUCUCUGACCGUUGAAAGGUUAGUAAACAGUACCUCAAACGGCUCCAGUUCAACCGCUAGCUUUCAAACCGUGCUACAGUGCCCAAGUCCAACGGCCGGUACAGCUGAAGAGAAUGACGCAGAAAAGGAAGACAUAGAAGAAACUGAGACUUCAGAGAUCGGUGGCCAUGGGAUAGAUGAGUCAGCUGCGGAUUCCAGGGGAAGCCUGAACCGAAAGGAGUCUGCUUCGCUAUCGUCAUCUCAAGAGUCCCUGCAGGACACUGAUGGCGGAGGGAGCUCGCUCAUGCUUCACCGGUACUAUCACGUUUUUCGAGAGGGAGAACUGGACAGCUUGAUUGACAAGUACGUCGAGAACCUCCACAUAAUAUCUUCGUACUACGAUAGAGCCAGUUGGUGUGUGAUUGCUGAGAAAGUACAGGUGUGGACCAUAUAGAACAAAUGGGUCCAGUCGUUUUGCAGUGCGUUCUCUGCAAUGGCGACAUUCAGAAAGGCCGGUAGUGUGCAGCGUUGCUCGCCGUGGUGUGCCUGGAAAACAGUGUUCGUUGUGACGUCGAAGUUGACGGUUGCCUGUUUUCUAUUGCACGUGUUGGUUUUUCCUCUACGUUGAAAAAAAAAUUGUGUAGGACGGUGGUUGUAGGGGUAAGGAGCCUAGAGUGUUUUCAGCGUGGGUAAUACAGCCGUACACACACUUAACAGGAAAAACAAGCUUUACUAUGAAAGCAGUUUUACGCAGCAGGAAUUGAAGGAAUUAGUCAUUUGCGUGUUGUAACAGUUGUGCAACAUCAGUCGUAUUGUGCUUAUAUGAGCAGGUGAGAGAUAAGUGGCUUCAUACGACAAAAACAGUCAUAUAGCUUGGUGAAGAGUUAUGUCUAGGCAGCUAUUCUGAUUUUUUUUCAGUGAGGCCGAGCAUAUUAAGAGUAAAACACAAGACAAUAAAAAGUCUCGAGCAUUCUCAUUAAUAGAUGAUAGUGACUCCUAUGACACACCCCGGUAAUUUUGAAGUGGAGAUGCUGAGCUCUCGCUCUUGCAGGGGUUAUCGCCGCCUAAUAAAAAGCCUGACCUUUCAAAUAUGACAACCAAUAUUUUUAAUUUAUUUAAUGGACAGAACAACUAAAAUAAAUUAAGCAAAAGUAGAGAGUUGGGUGAAGUUAAUACGUUUGAUGCCAUUGCGUGCAUUUUCCGAAACUGCAUCUUGUUCAUUGCUAUUGAACGCACACAACGCGGAAGCAAUUGGAGUACCGCCGGCGAUAAUGCUAACAAUUUCGGCUCUGCAAAGAGAUGAAAGUAGUGUGAGAGGCUUUCUCACGUGGGCUUGAAAAUCUCGAAAGUUUUACGGUAGAAACCCCAUUUCGUUGGGAUAUCAACAGUGACUGUGCAAAUUUGCACGAAAUGGGCCGGGUUUUAUUUCACGCAGCCAGUGUACAAAGUAUAUACACGGAUCAACAAUGAAAACAACUGCAUACCAAUUGGCGCAACAACUGUGCGAGAAAGGAAAUGGGUAACUAUCUUUACUCCUUGAGGCUACCUCAAAUGCAGAAAAUUUUCUCGUUCUUUGCUAAUAUCCCUUGCGUGUCUUUCCCGGCGGUUGUUUGACGUUCUUGCUUCGUAAUUUAUAUUGCUUGUUGGUCGAGAACACCAAUCGUUAAAAUCUGUUGAUGUUUGUUUUGCAGCAUUCAAAUAACUCAAUGCAUUUUAGUGUGUACCCGCAUAUGGGUCUGCAAUUUGAUUAUCUACAAAGAGGUCAAUGUAUUUCGAGUUGUCCGCAAUGCGACCAGUAGGUAAUUACGAAACGAAGAAUUCUGAAAAAUCGGCUAAAUGGGCUAAACUCGAUUUAAUGAAAGAAAGGAAGGAUGUAUUAAAGAGGGAAAAAAGCGGAUAGAGGCGGGAAGACUAACCAGACGCGCGUCAACUUUGCUACCCUGUAGUGGGAGAAGAUGCGAUGAUGUAGACAGAAGAAAAGCGAGGGAUGGAGAGAAACACUUGGGGGCGCAUAUCUAGUCUACAGGUGGUCGCACAGAUCUGUUGACACUAAGUACGCCGGUAACAAUCUAUUUGCCUUCUGCGCCAUCGAGCCACACAAAAAUGCCCUUGAUUCCCGUCGGUCAUCUUACAGCCUAAAAUGAAAUUCACGUGAUCGUAGCGCGUAGACAGGAUAACCGCUGGUCAUUAUGGCUAGCUGACUGUAUUCCCAGAGAAAGCAAGCGGGUUAGGGGGAGACAGAAGGUUAGGUGGGCAGAUGAGAUUAAGAAGUUUGCGGGUAUAAAUUGGCAGCAGCAAGCAUAGGACCGAGUUAACUGGCGGAACAUGGGAGAGGCCUUUGUCCUGCAGUGGACGUAGUCAGGCUGAUUAUGAUGAGGAUGAUGAUGAUGUGAUCGUACAAGCAGCAACACAAGCACGUAAGCUGAUGAUGAUGAACAAAUGGGAAAAGAUUGACCGAGCAAACGCAAUUCUAUAAUCGCAUGAUGAAGUUGUCAGAACAGCUUUUUUGUUUAAUAGGCGUUUUAUUAUAAAAUACUAUGGCCAGUAUAUUUUCUAAUAUGAAGUCGCAGAAGAUAUAUUCGGGAGUAUGAGGUUCGUAGUUUCACUGCAUACGACGAGACGCACUCUGUAUUUGCGUGCUCUGCACUUUCUUUCUCCUUAAACUCCCCCGUUCUUUUCCCCAAUGUAGGGUAGUAUACCAGUCCUUCUAUACUAUAUAUUAACAUUCCUGCCUUUCCGUUCUCUCAUGUUCCUUCCUUCUUGCCUAUUCACACACAGCUCUAAAAAUAAAAUAUUAGUGACCAUCUAUCGCUGGCCUUUCACGCUGCAGCGUUCUCUUUAAUCGGUCGUUGCUCUCAAUUUUUAAUGGAGAGGUUUUUGUUGUUCACAAAACUGACACGCGUGCAACGCGUAACAGGUCAGUUUCGAUGCGAAAUUUCGGCAUUAAAAGAGAAUUCUGGUCGCUGUGGGAUCCAGCACGAAACUCGUAGGAUGGAGCUCGAUUUGUUCCUCGCUGACCAAAAAUGAGUAAUGUGCUGUUAGCGUAUUGAUACGCGCAAUUUAGAAGUUCAACUUACAGCCACGGCCACGUCUGCGUAGAGCACGCAAGCAGCCGGUUUUCGCUCUGUGGGGUGAAACCUUGAGGCAGUGUCGGGCUCUGAUGUGGUCAGCCUCAAAACCAGGACACGAAUGCUUCUGAUACACCACUUCAGAGCCCGAAACUGUCUCAAGGUUUCGCCCUACAGAGCCAAAGCUGGCUGCUGGCGCAUUCUGCACAGACCCGGCCGCGGAUGUACGCUUCAAUAACAACAUCACACUGCGUAAGUUUGCGUGGUUUUUCUGAAACCAAACUUUGAAUAGUUAUAUUUUCCGAUCGCUAGUAGAAAUUUUUAUAGAAGCCGUUCCCCUGCUGUAUCUAAUAAUAGCUACGUAAGUAGGUGUUUUGAUUGUCUGAUGCUAUUUUUAUAUUCCACAUCAGUGUUUACUGCAGAAGCAAACUUCGAUUAAACAAGGCAGAAAAAGAACUCCAGAGGGCUAUAGCCACAAGUUUGCACGCGUGAUUGAGAGGGUGGGGGGAUCUAUUUUUCGUAUUUUGUUCAUGUGCUUGUAAGUGUGCGCGUAUGUAUACAAAUACAAAAGGCGGAAAAUUCGGGGAGAAGGGGGGAGGAGGUUGAACCCCCAAGACCACCCAGCUGGCUAUACGCCACUGAAGCAUUUCGUGCAUUUUGGCGUUAAGUGUGUGUACGAUUGUAUAAGUGCGUGGCCAAGUUCAGUUUUUCGAGGAGUUAGAGGUGAACAUGGGUGCCCUUAUAGGCACCUCCGGUGCUUCACUUUCUUCCAAAUCAUACUUCAGACAGAGGUAGCACUCAUCUAUUAUACUACCUAAAGCAUGCCUUCAAAGGGGUGCUGAGACACUUUUUGAAAGUGAUCAGACGAUGAUGCCGAUUGGUAUACGAAGAGAACAUGCGAGCAAAAUAUUAUAGUACAACAGGUGGCACUGAAUUUAUUAUUAAAUUUUGCAGUCAGCUAGAAAUCGCUGCCAUAGCCAAGCUCAGCUACGGCCGAUUUGAGCAUCGUGCAGCCACCGCGGUAACUGUACAGCUCUUGAUCCAGCUUCUUUGCUCGCUCGUCAUCUUGACCUGUGCAGCUUUCAGUGCGCUUGCUGGGACAAAAAGAGAGAGAAAGGGUGCUUGUAGCACGCAACAAAUUCCUGUAGCUUCGCUACUACUCUACGCAUUCUGAAACUUUUUGCGCAGUCUAUUCGUGAGGCAAUAAACUACUAUACUGAGGUCAUUCGAUGAUCACUUGAAAAAGUGUUGCAGGGCCCCUUUGAGAUCAACAUACGCAGUGAUCAACUUCUUUCCAAUAUCCUACUUCAAGUGAACUACAGCGAGAAAACUUAUCCUGUACAAACCAGAUCUACAUAUAUAAACAUACUAGCUGGAAAGCAGAAAUGUGUAUAACUGUCAUAACUCAUUUCAUAUUUCAUACAAGCUGUACAUGCUUGUGCAGCAGAAAUACCAUGAUCGUUAAUAAAACGCCUAAAACCAGCCGUUUUUUUUACAAAAGUGCAUGGCAGAUCUUUCUUCCCUCUAAGACAGUACUUUCUUUACUUCUGUACGAUACCACAUGUUCCCGUUUAUAAUCAUGUUAGUUGCGCUGAAGCAUAGAAAGCAACAAUGCACGUUAUUGCUGAUUCGUUAUCUACCAGAGUGAUCACAACAAGGUUGUUUACAUUGUUUCAACAAGGUGUUGUUGUAGUGCUCAUGAUUUCUGUCUUUUUCACCCUACUCUUGGGAAUACCCAGGAAACGUCAUUAUCUUCAUUCACGUGACAAUAUUAUGUCAUUGAACCUUGUGAAUAGGGUGUAAAUAAAAAUAUGUUAUUUCAGACUUCA